AUGAAGGCAGCUCUGCCGCCCAUACCAACGCGCAAGAGGGCGCGAACAAUACGCAGAACGGGGGGCACGACAUCAGGCCAACCCUCUCCACUGCCAAAGGAAGACAGUGCCGCUGAAGAGAACAAGAAGUCCGAGGAAGAGGCGGCCUCAAAACCUGCCGAGGAGCCUGCCGAGGAGCGCGCGCUCGAAACUUCUCCCGAGGAUAAGCCUACCGAAGAGGUUGCUGCGCCGACCGACGAGGAGAAUAAUGCUAAAGACGAGACGCCAGCGUCAGCGGAAGAGGCACCGGCUCAAGCGCCUGCCGAGGAAGAAAAUGCUCCUGAAGGUGACGACUCCCAGCCACCAAGCGAAGAGACAGUGGCUGAAAAGAGCGUUGAGGAGUCCGCGAGCCCUGAAGAGACUCAACCUAGUGAGGACACACCCCCGACCGAGGAAGCCGCUCCACCGGUCGAGGAGGCCAUUAAAGACGAGUCGAGUCCUGAACAGCCUGCCGAGGACGCGGCUGAACCGGAAGAGAGUUCCGAGCCUGCGCCUACGAAAGAAGCUAGUGAAGAUGCGGCUCCCGAGAAACCCGAAGCCGAGGAGAGCGAAAAGGCCAUUGCUGAAGCUGAGGAGCCUGCUCCCGCAGAGGAUAAUGUGGUAGCCGAGGACACUGUCGAUGUCGCACCAGCUGAAGCAGCCGCCGAAACUGUAGAUUCUCCCACUGAUGAGCCUGAUGCCACGAAUGAAAGGUCUGUCGAAGAGGAGACUGUUGCCGCAGCGGAGGCAUCUACAGAAGACGCUCCGGUAGAGGAGACACCUGCUGUUGAAGAGGCGCCUGUAACGGAUGGUGUCAAAGACGAGGAAGCUCCAGAUGGCGAGACGGCUGCAGAUGAAGUAACGGCAACAGAGGCACCAACAGAAGAAGCUCCUUCUGAAGAAGCUCAGGCCGAAGAAACUACUGCUGAAGAAGCAUCAGCUGCAGAGGCUCCUGAGGAGAAAGCUCCCGCUGAGGAAGCACCAACAGAAGCCACUGCUGAGGAACCUGUUGUUGAGGAGACCCCGGCUGGCGAGACUUCUGCUGAAGAUGCCGCAGCUGAAGCUUCGAGUGAAGAAAAGCCAACAGAGGAGCCUCCCAAUGAUGAAGUUCCACCUGCGGAGACACCAACAGAAGAAGCUCCUGCUGAAGAGCAAGCUCCCUCUGACGAAAUUUCUACCGAGAAGCCUCCAGCUGAAGAGACAACAAAAGAAGAAGCCACUGCUGACGAAGCUCCGGCUGAAGAAACGGCAGUUGAAGAAAUACCUGCUGCUGAUGCUCCUACAGAAGAGGCACCAGCAGGAGAAGCUGUUGCUGAGGAGCCUGCCACUGCGGAACCUGUUGAAGAAGCGCCAGCUGACAAAGCUCCUGAAGAGCAAACCCCCACAGAAGAGGUUUUUACCGAAGAACCCCCAGCUGAAGAGGCACCAAUAGAAGCCACUCCUGAGGAACCUGUUUCCAAGGAGGCUCCAGCUGAUGAGACUUCAGCUGAAGAUGCCGCAGCUGAACCUUCCAGUGAAGAUAAACCAGCAGAGGAGACCCCCAAUGAUGAAGAUCCAUCUGCGGAAGCAGCAACUGUUCAAAAGGCCUCCGUUGAAGAGCCUCCGGCUGCUGAAGACGCUCCUACUAAGGAACAACCGGAAGAUGAGACACCAGCAGAGGAACCAACAGCAGAAGCUUCUACAGAAGAGGCAUCGACAGAAGAGGCGGUCGCUAAGGAAAUCCCCGCUGAAGAAGCUCCAGCCGAUGAGGCGCCAUCAGAGGAAACAACAGCAGACAGCGCUGCUGAAGCCGGUGAUGCUUCUGAGGAAAUACCCGUUGCUGAAGAGGCACUAGCGGAGGAGGUACCCAAAGAAAUCCCAACCACUUCUGAAGAUGUGUCUGCUGCAGAGACUAUAGAGGAAGAGGCACCACCAGAAGAAUCGGCUGCCGAAGAACCUCCCGCUGAAGAAACAUCCAAUGAAGAGGCUCCGGCUGAAGCGGGUGCCCCUGCUGAAGAACCCCAAGUCCUCGAAGCAUCCGUUCCGAAGGAAGAAUCAACAGUAGAAGCUCCAGCAGAAGAUUCAGUUGACGCACAAAAUCCAACAGGGGAAGAAGUCCUUGGUGGCGAGGAGGAACUAGCAGACAAGCCAGGCCCGGCUGAAGAUGCCCCGACGGAAGAGCCCUCAGAAUCGAAAGAGCAUGAAGACAGCCCUCCUGCUGGGGGCACCGAUACUGCCGAGAUCUUGGCCGAGGAAGCAAACCCUGAGGAAAUGAACAAUGAUCCCUCGGAAACGGAAGUAGAACAGUCUACCGAUCAAGUAACAGAUGGUGAAGUUCAAGAGACAACCAUACCUGAAGUUUCGUCAAAGGCUGUUGUCGAAGAGCCUAUCGGAGAAGAAGCUCCCACUGAAGAUGUCUCCGAAGAGCAGAGUGAAGAACCAUCAGCGGAGCAAGUUGAUGAUGCAGCCAAGUCAACGGAAGACCGAGACGUGCUUGAAGUGAAGUCGGAGUCUAUGGCCAUCGAGCCAGACCAUGAGGAGGCGGAUGUGCCGGACGAAGCGCCAAGCCAAGAACAUGCGACUACGACCGAUGAAACUUCAGCCCAAGCCGAGGUUCCUAGUCAGGCGGAAGAGACCUCUGCAGAAACUGAAGUCAAGCCAGAGGAGAGUUCGUCCACCCUGGAACCUGUUCCUGAAGCUGAGGCACCCGAAGAGGCUCACGAUCUAGAAGGGGGGACUGACAAUUCUCCAGCGGAGAACGCUGUUCCUGAAGAUACCACACAUGUCGAUGGUGGCGAUGUUGAGGCAGAGGCGUCUACAGAUGCACAAGAUACUGAAGGAGCCCCAGAUUCUGGUGAACCUCUCCAAGAGGAAGCUUUGGAAGAAGACGAAACUCAGAAGGCUGAAGAGGAGGCACCCACUAAGCAAGAUGAACCUGAUGAUCAGCAAACUACUAUUGAGGAUGAGUCUUCCACGUCGAAAGAACCUCCAAAAGAGGAAUCCUCAGACACGGUGGAGGCGGACACAUCGGUGAACGAGCAAGCUGAACAACAAAGUGCAGAUGAUGCCGCUCCAUCGAAUGCUCCAAUGUCGGCAGAUGCCGACGCUGCAGAUGAGUCGGACGUUCUGGACAAGUCUGAGGAGGUUGCCGAAGCUUCACAGAAUGAGGUACCGGUUGAUCAAGAUGCGCCUGCCGAAUCUCAUGAUGUCUCAGCUUCUGAGGGCCAAGAAAAUGAGACGGUCCAGGAUUCCGGACCGUCUCAGGAAGUUGAGGCAGUAGAUGAGGCCGAAAAGCAUGAAUCGCUAGACAGUCAAACUGCGAAUGAGCAAGACCUCGAAGGCGCAGAAGAUGACCAGCUCGUUGACACCACCAAGCCUAAUGAGGUUAUUGAUCUAGAAGACUCAGUUGCAGAAGUCGAGGCGCAACCCCAGCCUGAUUCGCAAGAGGAUCCAGCGGAAGUUAGUGAAUCACCCCAGACAACUCAAGAGGAGGAGCAUGUACCAACCACUGCCAGUAAAGAUCUUGAAGAUGGAGAUCCCGAACACAGGGACUCUUCACAUUCGGAUGGAGAAGAACUCGCUCGUGGUGUCCCUGACGCAGCUCAAGAAGAUUCCGCUUCUAGACCUUCUGACGCCCCCACCGACACCCCGACUGAUUUAACAGAAGCUGUUGAAGCUGAUGUAACGAAGGAGGCUGCAGACAAUGUUGAGACUCACGAGUCGGAAGACGCUAAAGUUGAAGAGGGGCAUGUUGCUGAAGGCGAUAACCAAAUUGUGUCCGUUGAUGUGGAGCAUGAGGUUAAAAACGAUGAAGUCGAUAAUUCUCCAAGUCAACUCGACGAGAAUGCAACGAAGGAGGUGCCCACGGACUCUGCAGAUGAGACAACGCCUGUGGAUAAUGAAGAUUCCGCAUCUAAAUUGGCAGAGUCUGCGCAGUAUGUGGAAGAUAACACAGCUGCAAAGGAUACGCACGAUGAAGAAGCGGAAAGUAAGCACGAGGACAAUCUGUCGCCAGAAGCAUUGGAGCACCAAGAGACCGAACAUGUUGAUGAGGCCUCGCAUCUCAGCCAGGAGGCUCAAGACGAAUCAAAGGAUGCAGAUGUGCACGAUGACCAUGACGAGGAACAAAAAGUCAUGAGUGCAGACUCCUUUGACCAGGAUAAGAUGGUGCCCGCUGAGACUGUGGAUGGGGAAGAUCAAGAGGAAAACACCAUGGGUGACGAAGAUGCAAAAGAGCACCAUGAGGCAGAAGUCGACGAACAUAGCGCUACGCAGAUCUCGGUUGAAGAUCCAUAUGUGCAAAAUGCUAGCUUCGAUGACUCUUACGUCCUCGAAGAAAAGCCCGACCUCUCCGUCAUCACUGAGCACACCGAACCUGCAACCUCGACCGCUGGAGACACAUCUGAGCUCGCUGCCAAGACCUAUGAUCCUCAGCAGCAAGAACGCAGCCUCUCUGAAGCUCCAGAUGUAGCCCUGGAUAGUUCAUAUGUAACCGAGCAUACGGAUAUGGACAUGGAUCAGAGCUACGAACAAGACCAAGAGCAUCAAGAAGCCUUCAAGCAGAGUGUUCCAUUGGCCAAUCCUGACGACAGUUUUUCAUCGACCAAGCAAGUCCAUUUCGAUGACGAGGAUGACAACCACUCGUCGCCUGUCCUCAGCGUUCGGGAAGAAAGCGAUGUCGAGGAAUUCGAUGAGACUCGGAAUAACCCCUUUGCGAGGCCCAACGCCGCAACCUAUGAGAUUCAAGCACGUCAGGCACAGCAAGAGGCAUUCAAUCCAUUUGCUCAGACAGCAGGGGUUGAGAGUUUCGGAUCGACUCGGGAGGCGUCACAAAACCCAUUCGCGGUGCGGACUGUCAGUCAUGAGAAAGAAACCGUUUCCAACCCGUUUGCCAGAAACACGACUAGUGCUGCAGACAACUUCUUGCGUUCUGCAAGUGCCUUCGGGAACCACUCAGAAGAGGACCAAGCUCGAGAUAUGCCAACCACCAACCCAUUUGCUAGGAGCACCUCAUCUACCGACCAAAGCUUCUUGCCGACAGCAAGCACUCUUGGACAGAUGAACACAACCCAGGUUGACGAGUCCUAUAACAACCCUUUCGCUCGGAGUGUCGGAUCUGACAGCAGCUUCCUUCCCACCGCAAGCACUCUCGGAAAUGCCCCAAUAGACGCCUCAUACAACAACCCAUUCGCGGCCGGGUUCAGCAGCACCGCGGGUGGAGAUGCCGAGCAAACAAGAUUCCACCAGUCUGUCGACAGCGGGGAACAGUGGGAAGACUCGGAUGAAGAUGGUGAAGAUCCAUUCAGCCUUGGUGCUGGCCAACUAGCCCAUAGCACCAGUCCCUUAACCUCUAGGUAUCUUGCACCAACACCACUGGAACCUAUCCAGGAGCGUUACAACAGCGAGUUGGAGGACAUGGAUUCGGACUCUGAGGAGACAGAGAGCCUAAGCACCUCGCAGCAACUACCCUCUGCACAGCCCCGAGCCCCUCCCCCUAUGCCAAGCAUUGCAGAAGGCUACAGUCAAGGACUUGAUGACUCCGAAGAAGACGGAGAACAAUGGAGUUCCAAUGUUCCCCAGUCGACUUCUCUUUCGUCUUCCCAGUACAGAGCGACGUCCCCAAUUCCCCCACCCCCUAGCGUAUUGAACUCACAAGCCAACUACGGCCUGCAACUGGAAGAUUCUUCAGAAGAGGAGCAGAAUGACUGGGAUUCAGCUUUUACACCUGUUCAUCCACCUCCUCCUCCGCCGCCACGCGCGGCAAGUUCACAGGGUCAUCAUAUUCAAGAGCAAUUGGACUCAAGUGAGGACGAAAUCCCCUACAAUGAAAAUAUCGCUCGACCUGACACCGGAAGUGAUGGUAUCAGCCAACAAUCCGUUCACAAGGAACAGCCUAUUGGAAACCAACAUGAUGAGGCCAGCCAGCCCGAUAGCCCAGCAGAGCCCGAUGCAAACAUCAUACACGGGGUCGGGACUCAGAAGCAGUCUGGAUCCUCAAAGUCAUCCAAGAGAAGAAGAAGGGGAAGAAAGCGAUGA